ACGCACCGCGUACGCAGCUCCACCUCACGAAAAUGGCCUUCUCCCUCGCCGCCUCCACCUCCACCUUCGCCGGCGCGAAGGUCGCGGUCAAGCCCGUCGCCGCCCGCCGCGCGUCCCGCGCGACCGCCGCCAAGGCCAAGUACGGCGACGAGUCCGUGUACUUCGACCUCGGCGACGUCGAGUCGACGACGGGCGCGUGGGACGUGUACGGCGAGGCGUCCACCGCGCGGUACCCGGGCCAGCAGGAGGCGUUCUUCGAGAAAGGGCUGGGCCGCCGCGAGGCGAUGUACUCGUUCCUCGCCCUCGCCGGUCCCGCGGCGUGCCUCGUGUUCGGAGGCAAGGGCGCGAAGGACGCGAAGCUUCCGAUCACGGUCGGGCCCCAGAAGGAGGCGCCGCUCGGCCCCCGCGACAAGCUUUAA